AGAAUUUUCGAACUUCAUUUUUCCUCUAAUUUUAUCUCUCACAUUUUUUCCUGCUGUUUUGGUGUAGGGCACCUUCUCGCUGUCUCUAUCUGUUUCCAUUCCUUUCACGCCGUUGCUUCGUUUUUUUUUUAAUUCGGUGUUUGUGGAGCUACAGGCGUAGUGCGCAUUGAACUCAGAAAGGCCGCGUAGUAAAUACUAUCACGGUUGACACAACUUAUCUGUGUUGAAAGGAGGCUGCUAUCUCUCUCUCAAGCGUUAGAUUGUUUUGGUUAGCUUUGCCAACGAUCGAAAUAGCGGACGAAAGCCGACUACUUAUUCUCGCUCGCGAUAAAGGAAAAUAAAAACGAAAGCACAACGAAGAACAGACGUCAAAGGAUGGUCGAUGCAGUCGCCACACCAGUGUCUCCUGCAGCGCAGCUUCUCCCCUACGGUGAACAACAGGGCAGCUUCCGCGGUGUGGUGGCCUGUUCGAACCGCGAUGAUGGCUACUUCAGCGGCGAGAACAACUACGUGAACUCCCUCAUCUACACCGGCUACCGCUACCAAUGUGUCGAGUACGCCCGCCGCUUCCUGCUGCUCACAACGGGCUGCAUCUUCGGCAACUGCGGCCGCGCCAGCGAGAUCUACGCGAUGGACCACAUCACCGAUGUGGAGACCGGAGAGAAGUAUACCCUCCAUCACCACUGCAACGACGGCACCGCAACGCGGAAGCCGCAGCCCGGCGACGUUAUUAUCUACCCCUACCACCCCGAGCUGACGCCGUGGGGCCACGUCGGUGUCAUCUCGUACGUCGACGACCAUCGCGUCGGCAUUGCGGAGCAGAACCAAUACUUUGGCCCCUUUUUUUCCCCCAACGAGUCCUACCUCGACGGUGAGCGCUGUGUGGCCCGCUACGCCACCCUGUUGCACAACGCGGAGACGAACACGUGGACCAUCGAGGAGGAGAAAACGAUGCCGCAGAGCACGGGCUGGCUGUCCUACCCCGACACCCCAACCCGCGAGCACAUUUACGCCCCCUUCAACCCCUUGCCGAACAUCAUCCGCGAGAGAUCCACCGCCUUCGACGACCCAGACCAUCCUCACAUCACCCACUACCACCUCCACGCCGGACUCGACAUCCCGAGCGGGCGGGUCGGACACGCUUAUGGAAUGCGCAGCGGCGCGGCGGAGACCCUGGUCGGCGCCACCAGCGCAACGGCACGCGUGCUGCGCUUCACCCUGCAAUUCUUCUUUCAUCGCAGCCGCCUCGGUCAGCCCUUCCGCUCGCUGCCCACGAACCCGCUCAACGCACCGCUGCCGGAAGGCGCGGAUACGGAGACGAAGAUGUGCCGCGACCUGGACGCGCUCUUCAAGCCGUUUGAGGCGGACGAGAUGGUGAACGCGGUGGAUAGCACGCCGAUGGUGUUGCUGCAGGCGCUUGCCACCUACUUUGACAUUCCACUGGAGCUGGUGCAGGCGAUGGAGCGCGAGUUCUCCCGUGGGGAGAUCCACCUGGCGGCCUCCCUCAGCUUUUACCCGAAUGUGGCGACGGACCCCGAGGACAUCGUGAAGUUUCGCACGCUGCACAAGGAUAUCCCGAGCGUCGACUCACCGGAGGAGUUCACCUCGCCCUCCUCCCCGGACAACAACGCGAUGACGGCGUGCAACGGUCCUUUUGUGCCGACGGUACCAGGUGCGGUGGAGGAGAUCCCGAUCAAGAACCCGCACGACGAGGCGUGGUGUCUCGGUAAGGUGAACUUCGGCAACGCGCGUUUGUUGACGGAGAUGGCGCAAAUCGCAGCCAUCGCCGACCCACUGAAGCAGGCGAUUCACCUCAUGACCCCCUCCAUGCGCUCCUUCAUGUCCACGCAAUACCGCAUGGACUUUGGUGCUUAUUUGAAGAUGGUCGAAACCCAGCGCGGCCCUCGCACCGCGUUCACCAUUGUGAUGUGCGACGUUCACCCGAUGGACGGACUGCUGCGCGAGUUGGUGUUCAUCAUGCAGUCCUUAUGUGAGCGCAUGAAGUACCCGGUGCGGGUGGUGAACGAGAAGGACCUAACGUUCGAGAAGGGAAAGCUGCGAUUUAUGCCUAGCGACGUGUCGCCGCCGCCGUCAUCGCCCGCCACGAGCUCGACGCCUAUCGGCCCGUACGAGGUGAACUUUGUCUACGCGCUGUGCGAGUGGCCGCACCUUCUGGACAACAACGGUGCGAAUCACGCGGCGCUGUACAAUGCGGCCGUCGACCCCGCGUCGGACGUGGUCUUUGCGAAGCCGCUGUGGUCUUACCUGUGCUCCGGGCUGAUCAAUGUGAACGAUGUGACGGAGUUAGAUGUCAAGCCCGCCGACCCCACCCUCCGCCCUCGCUCGGUGCGCUUCUACGACAUUGUCCGCCGCCUCUACCUGUUUGCCUCUCCGAAACAGCCGUACGAGUCGUGGGAUCAGGAGGUGUCGGAGUUCAAGGACAGCUGCCGCCGCAUCCACAUCGACGCCCCCAGUGUGCCGCUGAACCCGCCGGGGCUGCUGCGGGGCGAAUCGGCGAUGCUGAACUUCGCCACGAGCUGCUUUAUGGGCCACGUGGGUGGCUUGAUGCACGAGGACGAGCACAAUACCGGCGAGUUUGACGGCAUCCCAUCCUGCUUGUCGUUCAUGUUCCCGAAAGAUUAA